UGUAACCCGUUAGUAGACGAUGUAGAUCAGAUGUGAGAGCACUGUGAACGUCGACGCCGCCGCUGCUGUUGCUACCUAUAUCGUGCGAUCGAAUUAUUUUUCGUACUCCAGUAGAAAAAUUGUUUUUUGUGUCCUAACGCGCGUGCCCCACGCCAAUGCGUAAACUUGGGUCCGUAAACUAAACGAAAAUAACGUUGUUAUUUCAACCGCUUAGGAUACGUGCAGUCCAUAUACGAACGGAUAUCCGAUAAAGUGUCACGAACCGUCGGGUCGGUUUCUUUCGGCGCGGGCCUACGCCCCGCAACGAUUUGAUUAUGCUCACGUCGGAUUGACAACGAGUCGAAUUUUUCGCGAUAGAUACGACGACGACGACGACACGGUGGCACGCUGAAAGUUUUGUGAGAUCGGCUGCCGAAAACUCGAGUCGAAAAACACAACUCGCCCACAAACGCAUCAUAGGUCACACGGCUCAAACACCCUAAAUACUUUAUCGGCCGCCCGACGAGUAAACGGUAUCCCAGUCCGGUACACGUUCGCGGUCGUGUCUCCAAGUUAUGAAACGUUGAAAAGCACAUUAUCCCGACGAUGACGAUUCGAUUUUAACGCACGUUGCUGCGGUGAAAAUAAUACAGUAUCCGUUGUACGAACACCAUAUCGCGUAUUAGGUAUUGUUGUGUUUUGCAUCGGUUGAAAGUUAUAGCCUUCAAUCACGUGACAACAAGUUUGAACACACUUGAGUUUCAGAAUGGCCCUGAACGAGGGAAUAGUAGCUCAACCGGCCGCAGUCGAGGAGCCAGCGGUCGAAGAUCUAACAGCUGCUCAACCGUUGCAAGAAGAAGACGACAUACUGACCAUAGAAGAGGCUCGGAAAGUGAUCAAACAGCUGAAGGAUAGGUGCCGGUUUCAGGCGCAACAGACAUUGAUGUGGAGGAAUAGAGCAAAAAUGCAGGAGGAUAGGCAAGCGCAGAUGCGGGCCGAGUAUGGGAGCCGGCUGGAAUCACUGACGUCCAACCUGAUGCUGUUCGAGGCGCGACUCACCCGGAAGCAACGGGCCAUCGGCGAGCUGCUGGAGUACCGGCAGUGCAUUAUCGAUCAGCAACAGCACGUUAUCAGGUGUCUGCACUCUCGGUUGGCCGACUUCGGCUUGACUGUGGCCGAUGGCCCGGGUGGUUGCGUGGCCGGCUGUGGCCCGGGUUGCGACGACGGCAACGUGGAUGAUAGCGACAGUGCGGUCAUCAUGGAGGAGGACGAGUCGGGCAACAGUCAGGUGGACACGUCCGAGCAACGACCACCAUCGCCGUCGCCAGCAUUACUGCGGAAGCACCGGCAGCAGCAGCAGCAGUGCCGCGAUUCGGAUGAGGAGGCGGUGGCGGCGGUGGCUGCGGUGGCUAGGGCGGCGGAUGGCCGGGGAGGGAACGUGACCGCGACCACAUACAACCGGGUGAUGAGCAACCACCGGUCGGUAACCAAGCCCAAAGACGUCAAGUACAAGCGCAUCAACAAGGCCAAGUCCAAGUCGCUGGAGGAGUUGCGGGGCCGGCUCAAGAACUGGGUGGACCGUGGCCAGCGCAUGUCGCUCACCGUGGACCCCACAUACGGGUGACUGUGGUCGCGGUCGAGCGUGUCAGGGCUGCUGAACAGACUUCGACCUGCUCGGAAACGCGGUGGCCCGUGAUGAUGACCAGCUCUCUCCGGGCACACGUUAGGCGACCCGACCAAUCGACACCGUGUCGCAAGCUUUGCAAACUACUCGCAGUUCCUAAUGAGCUACUACCCCCCCCCCCUCAACUAUUACCGAGUGUCGUGCGGAGGGUUAAUACAUUAUUAUUAUUGUAAUUAUUAUUAUUGUUAUUAUUAUUAUAAUUAUUACCGUUACUGUGCGUCUCCCACUACACACCUAUUAUUGCCGAACCAGCACGUACAGUUUUUUAUUGUACCGUCGUCAUCCCACUAAACCCUCGUAAAACCACCCAUCGUACAAUAUCGCAUUAGAUUUACGUGUGAUUGAUAUUACGAAAACCGUUUUACACCUAGCCCUAACGGAUUAACCGAUACGUCCAUUGUGUACCACAUGCAUGUCCUUUUUAAGACCUUUUUAUCCGAACGUGCACGGCGCAAAUACACGAAUGCGAUAUCAAGGGGAAGAAAAUAUACUUGUAAAAAAUUAUUAUGUUUGAAAAAUUCGUACGCAGAUGUGAUUACAAAUGUAUUUGAUUCUUACGGUAAUUCUAAAGUCGUUUCAUUGGAAUCAUAAUUUUAACCCUUAUAGCAUUAUUAAUAUAUAUACUCAUUAAUUGAUAAUAUAGAAUUAAAGUCAAAUUUUGCAGGCCAUGCCUGUGCGCGAAAGGCACACUACCCGUAUACACACGCCUAUAUUGUGCACGUUUUUCGUAAGCGUAUGCAAUGGUUAUUUAUUACGUACUCGUAUUUAUAUUAUAGUGUUAUUCCGAUUUGCGUUUGAGUCUCGCACAACAUUAGCAUAACAAUAUGAACAUCGCGUUCACGUGAUUUCAUCAUCAGGAAAUCGUAUUGUACUAUCUUAAUAUUUGUGUUUUUCAUUUCGUUUAUAUAUUUUUACUUUUUUUUUCUCUCGCAAAAACCUUAAAACUCCGGAUACGCGUGUGAUCAAUACUAUGCUACGCAGCAGUUCACAAGAAAACCGUGAUCCUGUGCAACGAUACAAUAAUAAUCCUUACGUGUACGGACCAUUGUCGUUCAAGUCGAUGUAUAGCCGUCGUUUAAUUUUUUUUUCCAUUUCAUCUCUCACACGAUGAUAUUCUAAAAUAUAGUUAUAUUAUAAACCAAGAUUUCGUAACGUCGACUCGGAAUAUUAUUAUUAAACGCGUGUGUUUAUACAUAUGCGUGUAUACAUCCGCACUUUCGCCGCAGCCGUCCAAUGUACUAUAUUAUAAUAUUUUUUUAAUUUUUUCUUUUUACUGCGUAUCUACUAUUGUUAUAUGCUAUAAUUGAAGUAUUUGAAAAUUAACAUAUAUUAUAUUUUAUGUAGCUAAAACACUGCUGCAACGUCCGAAACGCAUAAACUGUUUAACGUUUGCAUUACACUGCAAUGUUGUAACUUUGCCAGCACCUGAAAAACUUAAUGUAUUUAUAACAAUUAUAAUAUUAUACUACGUUUUGUUAUUAUAUAUGCAUACAAUUAUAUUUAACGUACUCAAUUACUCAAUGCUUAAUCAAGGUGAUGCUCGGACUCCAUAUAUUUGGUUACCUAUUAUUGUAAAACAUUAAUUGUAUUGUAUUCAUAAACAAACCAAAGAUAAACAUUUGUAACUUGUUUAAAAACGAUAUUAUUAUGUAUAAUCUCUAAAAUGUUUAAAAUUUUAUAUUACUAUUAUUAUUAUUUAUUGUGACCAACACUGGACGUUUUAAGUGAACGAUCCAACAAUGAUAUUACGAUACUAUGAUAAGCCUGUAACAUUAUAUAAUUUUUUUUUUUUUUUUUAAUACAUGACGUAUUCGAAACUAUAAAUUAUGUUUGUGAACACUGUUAUGAUGACUACUCGUCUCUGCUGACCUUAUGACGAUUGUCCGAUCGCAUCUGUUCAACUAUGACUUCAGACAACUGUUGUCUUUUUGGAUCAAUUAUUGACGUUACUUGAUGUAUACUCGUCAUGCCUGAAUAGUAUACUCAAUGUUGAAGCAUAUUUUUCUUCAGAGUAUUACGAUAAUAAUAUUGUUAUAAUGACGGUGAACAAAUGUAGUAUUGUAAAACAAACCUAUGGAGGAUGAAUAAUGAUUAAUAUUAUGAAUAUUUAUGCUAAGAUUGAAAAGAUUUGUACAUAUCAAGUCAAAAGCGUUGAAAUAAUUGUCCGUAAAUACAUUACUUGAUAUCGGCAUUAGUUUCUCAAACACAAACUUAUAGUUUUGAAUAAAAAAGAUUAUUGAUUUUUCUAAAAACAUAAAAUGCUAUGCACUUGUAUAAAUCUUGUAUCUGACAAACGAUGUUCAAUUUUGUAAUAUUAUUUCAAUUGUAUACUACACUAGUAGCGAGAUUCAUUGUACAAAAUAGUAGCCCAUCGUUUAUUACUUGUAAGGAAAAGUUAACAUAUCGCUCUUGUUUAUGUAAGGUAGGUGUCAGAACGUACAGAAAAUAAAUAAUUUUUAAGAAUUUA